AUGGUGAUUAUAAGCGCUCAGUCGCUAAAGGCUUACAACAAAUACUAUGACAACAAACUUAAGCUCAAAGUCAUUCACUUCUGUCCGCUCGACGGCCGCGAAGGAGAUCCCAAAUGCAAGCGGAUUGUGAUUACCACCGAUUGUUCGCAACACUCGACGCCAUCCACACCACAAUCACAACAACGACAACACGACUGUCCGCCCACUGCUGUCGACACAUAUCUCGUGAUAGUCUUCUACGGCUCGUACGCGAAGACACCGUUCAAGAAGUCACCGCUGAAGACGGGACAAGUGUUUACGUUAUACCGAUUCGAGACGAGUGUAAUGCCGAAGAAUAAAGUGUUCAAAUCGAACGGACGUAUUUUCGACAACUUCUUCGAGCCGUUAGUUGUGGUGAAAGCGGAGUUCGAGCCGACCAUCAAAUGGUUGGUCAGUCUUCGUGAAGAGCCGUUCACUGCCAUCGCCGACAGCGACUCCUUUCCCGAAGACAACCAAACGGACGCAACGAUUGAUAGCCAUCACGAGGACAACACCGACGCGAGUGUCACUCAAACGGCAACAGAUGAGCAAAAGAUGGCGAAGUCGGCCAAAAACACGCUUUCGGCCAAAAAGAGGCUUAGAUUUGCUUCAAAUGACGACGAGUUGGGCUCUGAUUUCACGUCCGACGAAGACUUUGACACCGGAUUGACGGCCACUCAGAGGAAGAGGAAAGAGAGCGCUAACAAGAAGUCGACUAAUAAUAGACAGACAUGUCUUUCGCCACGAAAUCCAAACAGUAAUCGCGGCAAUUGUGUGACGACUAUAACAAGAGUUCCCGUCUCGAGUCCGUCCACCAGUACUCGAAGUCCCACAACGAGUGGUCACAGACGCCACGAAUACAAGACUCUGAUCGAAGUACACAAUCUGUUUCCAGUGAGUGGAAAGACCUAUUGUCACAUCUAUGGUGUCCUCAGGUAUCGGGACUUUAAGAAAAACACCAUUCAUUUGAGGGAUGAGAAGGCGUUCACUUCGACCAUACAGUUGAGGCCCGGGAACAGCUCUUUCCGUCACUACCCGGCGUUCAGACCGGGAGAUAUCGUGCGAAUACAUCGCGUAUUACUGGCGCCCAAUUGUAUGGAUAUUAUCUGUUGUGAUCCCAAAGAUGUGGUGGUCUUCGAGGCGUUUCAAGACUCGCAAUGCUUUUCGCCGAUCAAUACUAGUGUUCGGCCGACGUUUGAGUCGUUCGAUAGGCAGCGCAAGGAAGAGCUCGACCAGUGGUUUGCCGACGAUCUGCUCGCAGACAGUCUGAGCGAAAAGAAGUCGUCCACUAAUUAUCAUCUGUACGCAGACCUCGCGGUUCAAGUGCUUCGCGUGACCACAACUCGAGACAGAACCGAAUUAGUCGUUUGGGACACAACGCCGCCGGCGUUGAGGACAUUCCGUUCAGACGUGUCGACCGCUGGUAUGGGUCUCGACAGCGCCGAAGAAGAAUUGAUUCGUAUUGUUAAUGAAAAUCAGAUGUCAAUUGUAGUGACAGUGUUUGAACAGCACUCAAACGACGCCCAAUCCAUCAAACCGUUUGACUUUAUAGUACUGUUUAAUGUGAGCGUUAGGGCCGACAGGUUUAGGGACGGCUUCUAUAUGUAUGCACUUAACUCUGGCUAUCAUUUCGGCAAAUGUAUACGUUUUGUGAAACCAAACGCUUACUUAAGCAAAAGACUAUACGAUAAGAUAGAAGAGUAUAAAGUGAUGUCAGCCGUGAAUGUGGGCACGCCUUCCAUCGAAGACGCCGUACUCUCGCAGUCGUUUCCGGCCGACAGUCAGGACGUAUCGACAUUCCCGGCGGCCGUCGAUCAGAGCGCUAUGUUCUCAGAUAUGGCCGACUUUGAGAUGGAUUUGCAUGAAGUGAUCGAUGAGUUGGAGAACAACGAGUGCUAUCUUCCGGUCUCCCAUAUCGUCGACAUUCCCUUCAAAAACAUAUUGAUUGAUGAGUUGAUCAGCGAUGGAGUGGACAAACACUUGUAUAAAGUGAAGGCUCGUGUCAUUAAUUAUCUGCCAUCGAGUGAGAAGCGGGACGUGAUCUCUGUGUUGUGCACUAAUCAAGACUGCCAUCGAAUGAUCACUUUAAGGCACGCCAUCACUGAUGACCCGCUCAUCGAAUCUAUCAUCGAGUCCUCCAAAGACAAGAAACUGCUCCUCAAUUGUCUCAAAUGUCAACAAAGUUCGUGUGUUUUAGUGUUUAAAUUCAUUUUCAUUCUCGAAGACAAUAAGCAUAAGAAACUGAUGGCACAGCUGUUCGGCCACAACGCCGAGCUGUUCCUGAGGGCCACACCGGAAGCGGUGCUGCAGAUCGAGUCGAAGUGGCAUUUCGUCGAAAGACUAUUGAAUUAUAUUUGCGCUCGUAUUUCAUCCGUUGAUUCCAACCACUCGUCAAAUGUAUUGAAUUAUUGGAUUCUUCAGCCCUCGAAAGUGGACAACACCACCGAAGACGGCGACGUCUAUAUAUAUCAGAUCAGAACCGCUGUUGCCAUCGAAACGGCCGAUAAAUGUAUUGGACUUAAUCUGACCUAAACUGACAUUUGUUUGAUAUUUUCAUCGAUAAUUUAUAUUAUAUUUUUACAUUGUUUAGUAAUAAUUACAUUAGUUUUAUAUACAGC